AUUUAGUAUAAAGCUUCCUGUAGACAUGAAACUAAAAGACUUUAUUUUUACUGGAUUUUUAUUUUUUACCAUAGUCUCAAAUACAACGGCCGAUAAAGAAAAGAAAAAAAUAAAAUUGGUGCUGGACAAGUUAGAUAAAGUCAAGGAUGCUGAACAUAUAUUAAAAACGGAUAUAACUUUUGAUAAAGUCGGAGAUGAUGAGGUCAAAAUCAAUGGCCAAGUUGAGCAGUCCAUAGAUUUGGAUGAUGAAUAUAAGAUAAAUAUGGACGUUUUUCAUUGCUCCGAAAAAGAUGGAGAGUUUAAGAAAGUAGUUGGAAUUGCUAAUGUUGGUGUCUGUCAGGUCAUGGCAAAUCAAUAUAAAAAAUAUUUCUAUGACACAUUGAAAAAUCAUGCAAAUGCUCCUGAUCCUGACAAAUGUCCAGUGACGCAGGAAAUUUAUGUUGUUAAGGAUUAUCCUUUAGACUCAAGCAAAUUUCAGAAAUUCUUAAAGCCGGGAUUUUAUAAAACUGUAGUUUCUUUAAUUCACCAAGAAGAGGAAGUCUUGCAAUAUACUUUCGAAGGUCAUACAGAAGACGAGUAACAUCAUAGAACUUUCAAAACAUUUGUAUAUGUAUUUAUGUAAAAAAUCAAAUAAAUAUUAACCACACCAAAAGGAAUUUAAUUUCAUA